AUGGGAUUUGGGCAGCACAUGAUAGUAGACGGGAAGUCGUAUAGAAUUAUCAGAGAACUAGGACUGCUAGAAGAUAGAACGCAGUUUGAUAAGGACGACUCGAGGGAUAUCAUCAUGCGUACUGCCCAGGAUGCGAUGGACGUCCAGAGGCAAAGGAACGAGUGGUCCUACAAUUUGAGAAUCCGAUAUAUAUCGUAUAGACCUGGACAGGAAGUUUGCCGCCGGAACUUCCAGCAAAGCAAUUUUUGCAAAGGUUUUAGCUUAAAACUGGCUCUGGUCUUUAUAAAAUCAACAGUUCGGAAGAAGUUCGGAGCGGCGUAUUACGAGAUCGAGGAUCUCCAGGGAAAAGUUAUAGGCAAAUACCACGCUAAAGACCUAAGAAUACUGACUCUGGGAACGCUGACCGGAGCAAAAGCAACCAUGGAAAUUACGGACUAUACGGACGUAUAA